AUGGGAGGCAGCCAGUCCAUUGAAGUGGGUGGUUUUCGAAUUUUCAAAGUCAAUCCUGGCAGUCCUGCUGCAGAAGCGGGCCUGGAAGUUUUCUUCGACUUCAUUCUUGAAAUCGAUGGCGUGCACAUGGACGCGGAUCAAGCGACGUUUGCCACAGCCAUCCAAGAGGCUGAGAAUCAUCGCACCAAGCUGGUCGUCCACAACAUCCGGACGCACACGGUCCGUGAUGUCUACGUGACGCCUAGGCGAUGGGGUGGUGCCGGGCUGCUUGGUGCCGUUGUUCGGUAUGAUACGCUGGAAAGUGCCGAGGGGCAGGGCAUGCGCGUCCUCACUGUUUUUCCCAACUCGCCAGCAGAAGCCGCUGGGUUGGUGCCCAACAAGGAUUUCUUGCUCGGAACGACGGAGGUGAUGUUCAGAGACAUGGACGAAUUAACGGAGGUCGUGAACCUGUACAUGGGUAUGGAAUUGAAAAUCUAUGUGUACAACACAGAAGUAGAGAGCAUCAGAGAGGUUAUCAUUGUGCCAUCCACACAAUGGGGUGGUGACGGGGCCAUAGGUGCUGACAUCAGGACAGGCCUCCUGCAUCGCAUUCCUGCGCCGAGGCGUGCAUUCAACAUUCAGCCGCAGGCGCCUGCGGAAAUGAAGCUGCAACCAGGCGGCAAGGCUGAACAGAGCCUGGCCACUGGCAAUCAGGAAGCACCGGCGGAGCGGCCAGUUAAUCACGUGGACUUGCAGCAGGUGCAGCCCUUGCUGGCACAGGUUCAGGAUCAGCUCCAGCAGCUACAAGAGCUGCAGAUGAGUCAGGGUCAUUUGACCGACGUCCAGCAGGAGCAUUUCAGGCAGUUAGUGCACAUGCAACAGCUGCUGCAGUCGCACAUAGCGCAGCAAGCGCAGAAGGAUGGCACUUUGCUAGCAUCAGCCGCGGUUGAAGUUGGCAACGAGGACAGAGGAAAUGUGCCCAUUAGCGAAGAUGGCCAGGAGGCUCAUGCAGUGCCCAAUGGAGAUGUUCCAGGUCAUCAAGUUAUGGCCCAGCGGAGGCCUGUGUUUGAGCUGCCAGCCGCUGCCAAGGCAGCCUGGGAAGCAGCGCGCUCUCCCCUCGACACGCUCGCACCGGGCGUCAUCUACGAGACAGCAGUGUCAUGA